UGUCGGGAAGUCCGCAUUGAUUACUCACACACAGCCAGCUCGCGCCCAGUGCACGCGCCACGCGCUCCAUGCUGGUAUAAAACCUGGACUUGUCAACUGGUCACGAGACUGACACACAGACAGAUUUACCUGGUGGACGUUCGCACACUCAGACCCUGACGAUGCAGAAUUCCUGGAUGGCGUUCACUGUCGUUGCCGUAGCAACCCUGUGUGUCUGUGUCAGCGGAAUGGGGAUCGGGAAGGGUGCCCAGUCUUUUGGGGAUGGUCAAAACAAUGACCAGCGGUACCAGAAAUGGUACGAGUGGAUGGUCAAGCGUCAACUUGGAUCCAACGACAUGUCGUUUGGUCGUUACCUGCAAGAUGGCGGCAAGUUCCUGGACUGGGGCAGCUUGUUUGAUGGCGGACGGGGGAAAAGGCAGUUGUCAGGUUUCCCAGACAAAUUUGGAAACUACCAACGGUUCUUCACGAACGGGCUGCAAGACUGGAAGAGCACCUUCAAUGGCGAGAAGAGAGUUGCCCCUGAAGAAUAAACAGUUCUGUGAUAUGCGCAUGCGAGGACUCCUUACACGCUGUAGUUUACAAAAAAACCCACCUCAUUCUGUUGUCUAUCUCUCUCUCAUCUGUGGUAUUUCCCUGCACAAAGACAGAAGCAUAAUGUCAUCACACAGUAUGCCCAGACUCCCUUGGCUCACACAGAGCCUGUGCAACUCAACAUUCAGAAACAGAACUUAAUGAUAACUACAAUGUCACGUCAGAACAACAACGGAUGUGAUUUCAAUAUGGAUCGUAGUUGUUCAUGUCGUACUCGCGACGUGAACGACGUGAACGACGCUACCACGUGCUGCAGUGUAUGUUAAAUCCGUGCUUUACGAUGGAGGGGGCAACUUCAGGAAGAUAGUCAAAUUACCAAUUGUUCAGCCGGAUCUCGACCUCGGGAAGAUUCAGAAUAAAGCACCGUUGUGUUUAAAGAAUUUGUUCGUCAAAUAAUACAGAAAAUAAGCGAAAUCACACAAGGUACAGGUCAUUUUUUAGGUAAUCUUUAACUGUACAUGUCAUUCUGUUGGACGUUUUCUUUUUCAAUAAAAAUGUUUAUGUUUAA